UAUUCGAGCAACGAUAUCGAGUUGGAGGCUUGGCCUCUUGAACUGACCGAGCCGGAUUGCACCACUGUGCGCGAUGGCAGAAAAGCUCUUGCUAAGGACACGCAGCGCCUACAUGUUCUGAAUCAACAUUACCGCAGGCUACACUCGGGAAGCUUUCUGGGAGGCACUUUGGACGAAUCUCGUGAACCAUCACUGCGUGUCCGAAGUGAUGAAGCCCAAGGAGGACAACGACCCCAGACCAGCCAUCUCGAGAACCCCAGAGCGUCGCCACUGAACCUCAAACCGCCGCCGCCAGACGCCAGUGCUUCAUCGCCCCUCACAGACUGCACGUCACCAGAGCCCGCGACUCAUAUUGAGCAUCUCCACAUUUCCACCGAGAGCACCGAGAUCACGGGCGGAAACACACCUCCUAAUCCUAUCAGACUUGGAAGGCAGCAACGCUUACCCCAUUGUCAGAACUCAGAAUCCUACCGAGGGCCUGUGGGUUCGGACGUCCUGAUAACUGGAGAUUGGGGGAGAACUGGAGAAUGGAAGAAGGCUGUGCAGCGCAGUGUAAUGGAGCUUGAUGGAGUCGCUCCGAUGGGCGACAAGGCGAUGGCUUCCGUAUUGGAGCGACCCCCGAGUCCCGUCAUCCAAUGGGCCAUCCACGACCAGAAUGGCAUGAAACAUUGCCAGGCUCGCCAACCCAUGCAGCCAUCCCCGAAAGCCCAAGCUUUCGUCUACUGCACUGCACACAUAGCGUACGAUUCGACCACCCAAAAGCUCCAGUCCGUCUCCUGUGAUCUAGUGUAUCCUCCCAUGAGUCCCAUGGCACCUGUCUUGAUUCAGUACCCGGACACCCGCGGGGGGAGCCUGGCACACCCAUUCACUCAACUGGCAACAAAAUGGAGCUUGGCUAUGCCUUACCCCUUAAAGGCUGCAACUGCCGAAGCCUCGCAAUUGGCGUUUAGGCGCAUGACUUCCCUACAACUCAACGAAGGGGACCACGACGUUCAGACGGCAUGA